AUGUUUGCUAUCUUCCACUGUUUGGACAGCGGAGGCCACCCCUUGAGCUCGUAUUGCUCCUCUGUGCCUGAAGAGAGGCCCUUAGCUCAGACGCCUGCUUACGGAGAUCGGCACCAGGUGUCGAGCUUUCCCGACAGGAUUCCGUCCUUCAAGACGGACGUCGACAACCUCCCAACAUCGUUGACCCAGGAACGGCUAGCAGAGCACAACUGUGACUCGUUUGGUCGACGGGGGCCGGCAAUGCCCUACCCCGCCGCAGUUUCCAGGGCCUCCCAGGACGGCAGAACGGAGCAGGAUGAUUCCAGUUUGAGGCUAGAGGGAAGCAUCUGCUCGGAUUUGCCGCAGCGCCUGGGGAUCACGGGGGUAGUCCCCUCGCAGGCAGUCUCCCGCAAGCAAGGCCGCCCAUGUGACAAGUGGAAGGAAGGGAGCAUUGUGGAGGUCUUCUCUGCAUCGGUCGGACAGUGGUACGCUGCCCAAGUGGGCCAAGUGGAGCCUCAAAGCGAUGGCAAUGAAGACAUCGUGACAGUCGUAUUUUACAUUGGCGACCAGAUUAAGCAGAAGUCCAUCUACCGGACAGAUGCUGCUCUGGCAGCUUUGGGGACACACACCUUCAACGAGCUCCCACCAGGAUUUGAGACCAGACCUUCACAGUCUAAGCCGGGACAGCUGGUCUACUUCGACCUGACAGCUGGCAUCAAGUAUGCCUCUUUAGAGCUGGCCUGGCAUGUGCACUUCGAGCGCCUGAAGCAGCAACCUGCCGGCUGCGAGACCGUCGCGUGCGUACAAGCGGGCCGGGGCGGCCCACGGGCACCGAUUCUGCAAGCGCCAAUCGCAGACGUUCCUUCGCCCAUGAAGUCCAUGACGCUGGCCGAGCUGGCGAGGGAGGACUCGGUCGAGACAGCCUUACCUCCUCCUGGCAAGGUGGCCCUGCCUUCCUUCGGCGACGGCCUGGGGAGCCAGGCUGCGUACUUGGACUAUGUGGGAGCCCCUUCUGGUGGGAGCUACGGCGCGGAGAGCGCAUCCCUGGCAUCUGGGUACCAGGUGGUGAAAGCUUCAGCGCCCCAAAGACCGCUCAAGCUUCGAAACAUCGACCCAGCGCUGCAGAAAUGGCAGGAGGAUGCAUUUUCUGAGUGGCGGCGCUAG